CACGCGCAGAAGGGAGGCCGCGGGCUGGCAGCGGGGCUGUAGUACGCAGCGACCAGGGCACAGUGUGCUGCGCACCGCACACCACAACACAGCGUGGCACGGCGCACGCAGCCAGCAUAGUCACAACCACCACCACAGCAGCAACAAAUGCACCAACCACCACUACUACCAAUUCCACUAACUCUGCUGUCGCUGCUGUCCGUGACGUUCGUGCAAUGACAGCAUCAUCUCUACUACCGCUGCCGCCUCCACCACCACCACCACCUCCGCCUACGCUUACUCUUAAUACUACCAUUCCUACUACUACUACGUUUACUACUUCGAUAACGAUGAGAGCGGCGACGAUCGAUGGCGUGGUUGGUGCACGUUCUGUUGUUCCUUGUGGAGGAUUGAGAGUAACCACUGCAACGGCGUUCCCGACUUCUGCCUUCUCCACCACUACCACCACCACCACUGUUGCAACUACUGGGAUGACGUCAACUGGUGCUGCUGGAAGCAGUCCGCAGGACGAGUGUUUGUCGACGUAACGCGGGGAGGGGAUUGCAGUGAUGAUUGUUUCCUGGUUAAGGGGGUGAGUGUGGCCGAGGCGUGGAUUGUUGUGAUUGCCGUGUGAUAUCAGCUGCCUGCGCGGCGCGUGCGUUUCACAUGCCAGUCCGCUCGUGCACAGGCAGCCGUGACUGCAGCGUAGUACGCGGGCACCCUAACUUUCAUCCACCCGCUUCCCACCCGGAGCCAUUGGGUCAGUGCUAGCGGCCACUUCUGCAUCAUAUCCCUUUCCCCACCCCACCCCCCGCGAUGGGUACGGAGGGUGGGAGUUGCGGGGGAUAGAGGUGACCACGGCCUGCUUUGCUCUCAUGUCGCCAGCGGCUAUGUGUGUGUGUGGAGGAAAACACCUACAUCGACAACAACAACAACAAGAAGCGAGGAGACACUCGGUGGCUAGUGCCGCUGACGAGUGCAGUUCUCUUCCUUUUCCCUCGUCAUCGUCGAGUGUGUCAGUGUCUGUUCUCCCAGUACCGUGCGAGUACUAUGAGAGCCCCACGUCUGCUCGUGCUUGUCCUCAUGUGCCUGCCGUCUGCUGCCAACACCGGCUCUUACGACCAAUUCCCUUACAAAGCUCAAGGCCCUCUCUUCAUUUCACACCCACCCGAUACUGUGGAAUUCGCAAAUACCCGCGGAGCGUCCAUCCCAUGCACUGCGUUCGGGCGACCAGCACCCGUGUUAGAGUGGGUGGACGAGUACGGCAAAGCUGUUGUGGGCGUGGAGGAACUGUUACAGAUUCUCCCCAACAAUACCCUUUAUUUUCCGCCUUUUCAGGCGGGACAGUUUCAACCUCGGGUACAUCAAAGGACAUACCGCUGUACCGCCUCUAACUCCGCGGGCAAAAUUAUUAGCAGAAACGUCACUGUUCGGGCAGUGCUGGUGGACCAGUACCGCAACUACGAUGUGCAGCUCAACGACAAGUGGGUCAUCCGGGGCAACACCGCCGUCAUGCGCUGUCUCAUCUUCCCCACCUACGUCACAGCGCACGUGGAGGUGACAGGAUGGACACAGAGCACCAAGAAGAUUUAUCCAGAUGCCCGGAUGAGCAUCCUCCCUGACGGCGUCCUGCACAUCCGGGACGUGCGUAAUGAAGACCAGAUGAGCAUGUACACGUGCACCACGCGCAACGUCCUGACGGGCGACGAGAAGAACAGCGGCUUCGCCUACCUCAGGGUUCACGAUCCCCCUGCUGGAGGGGAACGUCCCUCCAUCAGAGAAACUAUCCCCACGCUGAGAGUGAACGAAGGAGAGUCGCUAGAGCUUCCUUGCGUCAGCAGCCAGGCGUACCCGGUACCCAACUACAUCUGGACCAGAGACGGAAUCCCUGUCGCUGUUGACAACUAUCACUAUCGGCAGUUGGGUGGGAACCUCGUCAUCAUCAACAGCACUGUCAACGACAGCGGCAGCUACGUCUGCACGGCCACCAACACCUACGGGAUGGACAUCGCCACCACAGUUCUGACCGUGUAUUCAUACCUGUCUGUGCACGUGGACCCUGUGGAGCAGACUGUAGACGCAGGCAACGCUGCUGUCUUCAACUGCAGCAGAAGCCAUCCAAUAAACAAGAUGUCCUGGUACAAAAAUGGCGAACGUCUUCUCAACGACUCGCGUCUCAUCAUCCAAUCGGAUUCCGUGUUAGUUGUGCAUGACGUGCGGCGGCAAGAUCAAGGCAUGUACCAGUGCUUCAUCGGCAAUCAGCAGGAGACAGUGCAGGGAGCCGCUCAGCUGUCCUUGGGAGCCGCCAAGCCGAUGAUCGUGGAGGGCUUCCAUGAACUCUUCGUGCAGCGAGGCCAGCAGGUGACGUUACGCUGCAGGUUCUCGGGGAACCCGACCCCGACAGUGACGUGGCAGCUGGACGGCACGUCACUUCCCAAUGACCAACGCAUCGCCACCAACAGUUUCACCACCGGGGACGGUGACGUCAUCAGCUACGUCAACAUUUCGCGGGUGGAUGUGCCUUACGGGGGGGAGUACUGGUGCUUCGCCGUCAACAACGUGGGCAGGGCUGAACACAGCGCUCGCCUCAACGUCUACGGGACACCAUACAUCAAGCCGAUGCCAAACGUCACGGCCACGGCCAGCAAACAGUUGACUCUACGUUGUUACGUCUCUGGCUUCCCCAUCUACACCAUCAACUGGUCCCGAGGAGGGCGUGUGUUGCCCGUGAACCACCUACAGAGAGUAGUGAAAGGCGCCCUCAUCAUCGAGACAGUGCAGAACGAGGACACUGGUCAGUACACGUGCACCGCCAGCAACAGGGAUGCGCAGGUCGUCAACCGCAGCGUCUUCGUCAACGUCGUAGAGCCCCCGGUGAUUGAUCCCUUCAGCUUCCAGCAGCGCAAACAGGGCGACAGAAUCAUGUUGACCUGCGUCAUCAGCAGCGGCGACUUGCCCAUCACCAUCACCUGGGAGAAAGACGAUGGUCAUCCUAUAACUUACUGAAUUAAUUCUGUUUACAGAAACAUGGAGAUUACUCCAGCAUGCUGUCCAUUGCUGACGCCAGCCCGAAGCAACGGGAACUACACGUGCCACGCCAACAACGCCGCCGCCUCCGCUUCUUACACAGCACCGCUGCAUGUCGAUGUUCCCCCGCGCUGGGUCGUGGAGCCUGAAGAUUCCUUUGUGGUGUUGCAUCAGACGGUACAGCUAGACUGCCAGACUGCCGGCACCCCUGACCCGGAAAUCGUCUGGAGAAAGGCAGAGGAUGCUACUUCUGGGAAUUACCAGCCCGUUGUACUGGAGGGUAACAGUGAUCACAUGGUCAAAUUGGCCAAUGGCACGCUUCGUAUCAUCAAAGCCCGCGAAUCGGAUCAUGGCUACUAUCUGUGUCAUGCCAGUAACGGCAUCGGCAUUGGAAUCAGCAAAGUUGUGUUUCUGCGAGUGCACAUUCCUGCACGCUUCAACGAACCGAGAAGGAACUACACAGUGCUGCGGGCUCACAACAUCACCAUGGAGUGCCAGGCGGUGGGCGACAAGCCGCUGUCCGUCUCCUGGAGCUUCAACGGCCAGCCGGUCAGCACGGCCCACACCAGGGCGAAGGUUGUGACACAAAAUACACCACGUGGAGCUUUGUCACAGUUGACACUGUCCCCAGCUUUGAGAAAUGACACUGGAUUUUACACCUGUAACGCGAAAAAUAAAUUUGGCCACGGCACGCUGGUCUCGAAUCUUGUUGUUCAUGAACCGCCAGAGGCGCCCAGCGGGUUGCAGGUCAUCAACGUGACAAGUCGCACUGUGACUUUGAAGUGGGAGAAACCUUUCGACGGGAACAGCCCCCUCCUGACCUACACCGUCCAGUACAAGAACAAGUCAGAUGUCUGGCAAGGCGUCCUUGCCAAUGUGACAGUACCGGCUCAUGACCCCGAAGCGACCUUGACAUAUCUCCUAUCCGCUUUCACCUAUCACAUCAGGGUCAUGGCCAACAACUCUAUUGGUUACAGUCCUACAAGUGAGGUGGUGAUAGCAACAACACUGGAAGAAGCUCCCUCUGGGCCACCACAUGACGUCACUGUGAAGGCGAUUGGAUCCCAAGCGCUGCAAGUCACGUGGCAGGCGCCGGGGUUAGGGAUCCGAAACGGCCACAUCCUGGGCUACUACAUCGGGUACCGCGAGACGCAGAGCCCCGCCCAGUUCCUGUACAUCACCAAGACGACAGAGCCUCUGGAGGAGGACGGCGUGGUGCUGAUGCACACCAUCCACAACCUCAAAAAGUUCACCGAGUACACGGUGCAUGUCAAGGCCUACAACUCUAAGGGCAUCAGUCCACCGUCAGAGGACACCACAGUCUUUACUCUGGAGGACGUACCCAGCCAGCCACCAAAGAACGUGCAAGCUACCCCUUUGAGUUCACGUAGCAUCCGAGUGGCAUGGUCUCCGCCUCCUCUCUACACUCUCCAUGGCAUUCUGCAGGGGUACAAAGUACUCUACAAACCAGUACGUCUCGAUGAAGACGAAAGCGAUGCCAACUUUGUGACCUCCUCGCGUCUGGAGGUGAUCCUGUACAGCCUGGAGCGAUACACCAACUACAGCAUCCAGGUGCUGGCCUACACGCGCAAGGGCGAGGGCGUGCGCAGUGACCCCAUCUACGUCACUACUCAGCAGGAUGUUCCUGAGGUGCCUGCUGCAAUCAAGGCCUUGGCAGUCAACAUCAGUAGCAUUCUGGUUGCGUGGCAACCACCCGUCAGCCCUAAUGGCAUUCUAACGCACUACACAGUAUACUAUCGCAACGCCACCUCACCUGGGAGCGAAGAGCAGUCACGUGUGGUGGGGGCGGGCGUGCUGCACGUGCUGCUGGUGGAGCUGACGGAGAACGUAGAGCACGCCUUCCGGGUCACGGCCAGCACCGUCAUGGGCGAGGGUCAACCGUCACUGGUCACCACCGCCACGCCUAAGCGCCUAGUCGCAGCACGGAUCGCCAGUUUUCCAGCUGUUCUCACCGUCCCCUGGCACCAACCAGUCCUGUUGCCCUGUCUGGCUGUGGGGCAGCCCAAGCCUGUCAUCCAGUGGACGCUCAGGGGCCAGCCAAUCAAAACUGACAACCGAUUCCACGUGCAAGACAACGGUACGUUGAUGAUUGAUGGUGUUAUCGGCGUUGACGCUGCCAACUACACGUGCACGGCGUCUAACGACAUCGGCGACAAUCACAUCUCCUACAUGUUGCGUGUACAAGUUGGCGACCAUACUGGAACGCCACCACACGCUCCAAGACUUCACUUGGUGUUAACAACCACUUCAACCAUUCAGGUCAACUGGCUGUCUGGCAGCAACGGUGGCAGCCCCAUCCAAGGCUUUGUGCUGAGCUACAAGAAGGAGCACAAUGGGUGGAGGUCGGUGCGACUGGGGCCCACCAACCGCACGUACAUCGCUGCAGGCCUGAUGUGUGGUACUCAGUACCGCUUCACCCUCCACGCCUUCAACCGCCUGGGCGACAGCCCCGACAGCGCAGUGGUGGAGGCCAAGACUAAUGGGUCGGCACCAAUUAUGCCACCGCAAAGCAUGCUUCUAAAGGAGAUCAACGUGACCUCAGUGAACCUUGACAUAACCUCUUGGCUGACCUCUGGCUGUCCGAUCAGAUUCUUCUCUGUCAAAUCGCUUUGGGGCGACACAGACUGGCAUCUGGUCAACAAUAACAUACCACCAAAUAUGUCGACCUUCACAGUCCAAGACCUACAUCCAGCCACGUGGUACGUGAUGGUGGUGACGGCCCACAGCGACGCCGGCUCCACGGACAGUGAGCUCAAGUUUGCAACCUUGACCUACACCGGAAGUACGAUCGAGCCUAUCUACGUGAUGCACAAGCAGCAGGUGGAGUUCUACCAGAAGGUGCAGGUGAUGCUGCCACUAUGCGGUACCAUCGUCGUCAUCAUGGUUGGUGUCGUGGCAAUCUUCCUUUUCUGUCGGCGAAGGAAGGAAAGAUUGCGAUACAAAGAAACAUCAUCAAACCUUCGCCGAGAUAUUACCGCAGAAACAUCUUUGAUGAACGACCUCGACAAGCGAAUGAACACUGACCUCGACAGCAGCAGCAGCACGCUGCCGGACCACAUCACCAAGCGCAACGUCAACUUCCUCAUCUCCAUGCCCAGCGACGACAACCUGCACGCCAACGCCCACGUCUUCGGCGAGGGGACCAAGACGUCAGGCGACAACGGCUCGCUCGGACGCUGCGUGGGCGACGACAGCAACAUCAACCCCUACGCAACGUUUAAUGAGGUCAAGCAAGUGGACCACGCACCGGAAGUGAGAUCAGUGGCGCCACCUCAGGACUUCAUGGAGCAGCUCAAGUCGUCAGAAGAGGAAGACGAUAUCGCACAGCAGAAAGCAGCAGCGCAAAGAGAGAUGACACAAGAUGAUUAUCAGUGUGUUCAGGUGAUGCUUAGUACGCCCUCCGAGUCCUACGUGCCGUUUUUCCACACCAAAGAUCACAAACCAUCUAAAGGAGAAAAGCCGAAGAUAAAAAAGCAUCCACCGCCAUUACCAGCACCACGGAAGUCCACAAAAGGUGAUGGAUAUCAUCCGUCUAAAGAGGGCUACGACAACCACGGCGUCAUCCUGAGUCCCCGGCGGUACGCCAGCGCCGACCACAUCCACGCGCUCUUCACACAACCACCACGACCGCCAUCUGCCUACAAGUCGGGCUCUGGCUCCAGUGACAAGGGGAGCCAGCGACACAGCCUUCUGUCGAGUGUGACGACCGUGUCGUCGAGCCGUGACGAGCUUCUGGAGGCGCUGGAGAACGCCAAGCGUCACCCGCCGCCACCCGUGUUGUACGAGAGUCAGCCGGAGUCCAGCUCGCAGCCCACAGACAGCUCGGUGGCCACUGAGCCCGGCAUCCGCCAGUUCACACAGAGUCCACCCAAGCCCAACGAGCAGCGGGAGGCGUCCUGCGAGGUGCCGCCAUACGAAAGAGAACUGGCCGGCUCAGAAAUCAAACGUCCCAAGGUGGCGGUGUGCCCACCGGAGAAGCGACGACGGCCCGCUCGUGUGGAACUGUCUAGCGACACCACAGAGUGCGAAGGGGGAGAACUCAAAGAACGUAGCCCUCCGCGCAGGGUCAGGGGUCGUCACCGGGGUAAACAGAGGGGUCAUGUGACGAGCAAACGACAACUGGGAACGACCUUUGUGCCUCGGGGGCACAGCCGAACGAGCACGACCAGUAGCGAGGAAGUGACGUAUUCCUUUGGGGGAGAACGAGGGUCGCCAGGAAGGCCGUAUAGCCCCGCCCUCUCAAUCCAUCGCCCACCCGCCUACCCGGCUGAUGGCUACGCCUAUGGCGGCCCUAUAGUGCCUAUCACAAAGCGAGGUGGGCGGAUAACCCCGCACGCCAAGCUCCACUCCGAGGUGAUGUUGCCUCCCCCGAGCGUGGAGGAGCGCAGGACGAUGAUGUCACUGGCGCAGGCCGGCCUCUCCAGUCCCGCUGAGGAGGAUGAGAGGGUCAGCUUGUUGGACAGGCACUACCGCCCGGUUCCAGAAGAAGACAGUGAGCUCGAAGCUUUGCCCGGAGCAGAGGGAGGAGCUGACAAAGGCUACACAGACGAUUUCACGAUUGUCUAGCGAUGCUUUACACCUUGGUGUGAACGGCAAGCAGUCACCUGCCAGGUCAGGAGGUCAGUUGCAAGCCUGUGGCUGUGCUGGUCAUGUUCAACCGCCUCUUCGUCUUCGUGGGAAACCAGAGCCAAGCGUCUUGGAAUGGUGAAGGUCCAUCUCUGCGUCUACGCGAAGUAGGAUGCGGAUGUGAAAGGCUGGAUGUUCAAGUUGAUUAGAUGAGUUAACUGCCCCCUUUUAAAAUGAAUUCAACAGUUUUUAGUCCCUUAAACUCUGUAAACCAGGGUUUGCAUUUACAGGUUUAGACCAUUAAUACAAGCAUAGCAUGACGGGGAAAAGCAGUCCACCAGGAGCGAUUGUAUGGAUGAUCUGGCCCGAUUUGGAUUAACUAUGGCCUUUGUGUUGCUGCCCAAGCAAGGAUCACAACCGAGGUUUACAUUAUACUAACAGUCAUGGGCUACAGGAGCAGCUUCGAGUCUCAAUCGUUCCUACAGAGAGCCAUCCCCUCUAACAUUAGUGUCAUUGUCUGUAGUUAUGACCACUGCGUUGUUGGUCGGUGCUUGCCAGAGAAUUUCUACAAAAGCUGUGUUGUUCCCAGACCAUCGUGCAGCAUCAGCAACAUCAGCAUAACGCCUUUUGUAUAAGCCAGCCGCUUUCUUGCAAAUGUCAGCUUUGUGGCGAGUAAAUAGCAGACCUGUCGUUGGCCAUCUGGGCAGAGAUGUUGUGUGACCCACACAGAAGGGGGAAGCUUGUAAAUGAUGCCCCACGCAGGAAGCUUGUGUCACUGUUCUACAUGGUUCCCCCACACAAAGAGGAUCAGCGUUGGGCACACAAGGAGUCAGAUCAUCUAAGGUCUGUGUUCGCCGUGAAUAUCCAGAUUCUUUCGCAGUGUUGUCAAGUGCCCACCUCACCCAUUGUUAAAUUCUUACCCUUCGCUGUCUUCUUCGUUUCCACCCUGCUGAAAUGUUUCUUGCCAUUGUUUUAGCAAAACGUUUACCACGGGGAGCGUGCUAGGCUACUGAACUUUUCAGGAAUUUGCAGUUGCAGAUGCACAAGGACAAAAAAAAAGCCAAGAAGUUCUGUUCCCAUUCACUGCUACAUCCUGCUUUGCUUUGCUAAUGGCGAAGUCAUCAACACCUAGUCCUUCAUUUCUCCCUUCUGGCAAGACGCACUUUAUUUGAUUAUUUGACAUUAUUGUUCAACAUUUUUAAAACAGAUGCAGACGUUGUAUCAACGUAGGUGGCACUCGAUGGUGUCUUCAUUGUGAGAGCGCUGGUGCAAGUCAAUGACGUCAGUCUCAUCAGACCGAGCGCUGGCGCCAGUCUGUGACGUCACUGAAGCACACAGCGACGAGCAGAGGACGUAGCACUGACCUUCGUGACGUCAUACCCAACUAAAGUUCGACAAGAUGUGAGUCGUCUCAUGUUCCUCCCUCCCUCGUCUUGUGGUAGAGACUUGGUGCCACAUGCAGUGUAAUGGACUUCAUUCGCAUUUCAACCCACAGCAGCAUUUUUCUGUACUGCAACAGCUUGAGUGUAUUUCGUAUCGCUACUGCCACUCUCCUAGCAGGUAGUCAAAGACUUCCCCUAGAGUGAUGGUUCGUAGCGAAGAGGACCUGACCUUAACAGAUCAUGGCGCAGAUGAGAAAGACCCAGACAUGAGGAGACGAUUGUGAAAUCAUAUUCAAGCACGGCUGGACUUUUUUUCGUAGCGGCCGCUAUUUUUAUCCGAAUAUUUGUCCCUUAAAGGUAAGCAUGGUGACGAUUUCAACAGGUGGCUACAUGUCUAAGUCCCUUGUUGUGUCCCUUACAUGAAAGUUGUCUUGACCCAGUCCCCAAAUGUGGAGGCAGUUGAAGAAGUCGGCAGACUAUGCAGACAGGAAGCCAUGUGCAGUCACGUGACGAAUGUGUAAGAUGGCUGGCUUCCGGUGCAAGGACAUGUGCUACCAAAGAAUAAUAACAUAUGUGAAGGUGGAGACUGCAAGGUGCGCAGGCAGCGAGCUGCACCUGGUGACGUGUUAGGUGUCACGUGAGAGACACGUGUACUGGACCACGUGACACACAAUGGCUAGUGUCCUGACACUGAUGUGUUCAUGAUUCUCGCUCCGCAGGCAAAGACAAUUGUGUGCAAGCAAAUGUGGUGAUUUUUCCGUGCGAGUGGCCGGACUUGAUGUGUUCAUCUCAGUAGCAAAGCAGUUGCUAGAACUGAGAGGAACACAAGUUUACAAUUAAUACAUUGAAGAUUUGUUCUGAUCCGGGAAACAGCAGAAUAUGAUUGGGAGGGAAUACAUGUAUAGGUGUUAAGUAGGGGAUUGUAGAACUUCAAUUAUGUAUUGUCUCAUGUUUUCACACAUCAAUCCACAUACAAAUACAAACACAUGUACCCAAAAGCUGUGUAUUUAUGCUUUGCAUAGAGAGGACAGAAGCUGUUAAGAAAUACUAAAAGAUGAAUUAAUUCCAUGAUUAUGAAAAGUUAAUAUAAAAAAUUGAUUAUGUACAAUAGCCAGCUAUGAGUCACAAGUGCACGUGGCACUCAAGAUGUUGUCUGUCUUCAUCAUACUCCAUGUUUAUAAAGCUCUUCAUUGUGUGAAUGUGGACAAUGCAAUGUUUCCUGCGCUUCAAGACCUUCAUCUUCAUCAAUUACUUUUAUUUUUGUUUUGGUUCCGUUUCUUCUGUAAACAUAUUUUUCAUGUUUUCUGCGAAGCACAAAUGUUAUUCCUUGGAAUUAAGGCAUCUGGUAAUGUACUGUUUUGUGGAGGUGGCGUCUACACCCGAGUAAUGGCGAUGAUGAUGAUGAUGAUGAUGUCUGAUGCCCAUGAGACGUCCCGGGUGCACUGUGACCGAGUCUCAGUUCAUUCUCUCACCCGAUGUUAUUUUGAAUCUCGGGUACUUUGUGGUUAAUGUGAGGAGCGCAUCCAUUUCUACGCAUGUGCUUUAAUGCAACUGCUGAAUAUUCUUAUUUGCUUUCUUGCAAAAACAAAAUAUGGUUUUUGACUUAAGUGGGAUUGAUUAAUAACACCGUGUGGGCGUCUGUGUUUUUUUUUUUAGUUAAUUCCUUUUAUUUGCUAAGCCUGUUAAAGUUUAGCUUAGCUUUAUCACUGACAGGAGUAUAGACCUAUUUCCUUUUCGCGAAACAUGGAGUGUGAGUUGUGCUCACUCUUGAAGCAAAAAGUUUUGAAAAUGUUGCCGCGUGAGUUGUGGCUAGUAAUGUGAUAGUCACAUGAUUUGUAAUGUUAGUUAGCGGUGCAUUCAAAUGCCAAGAGGCACCAGGACAGAGAGGUCAUAAGUCAAAGGUGAAAACAGGGUUAGGGCUGGCUUACACAUUCCUUUUCAUUUCCUUCGAUACAUUAAAUCACCAACACACUUUAACAAGUCGUAUUAUGUACAGCUCCUAUCAGUACCUUUAUGUACAAACAUGGAGACGUGUGUAACACUCACCAGCUAGAAAAACUCUCAUGGUAGUUAGAAAGAUAUUUGAAGGCAGUAAUACAUCUUCACUGUCUCAAGAACACAAUUUUUUACUGUUAGAAGGUUGACGGCAGUUGGAGUUUCUCGGCAGUUAGACGUUUAGUCACCCCACUGAGGUAUAAAGAUAGGUAAUGGUAUAAAGCUACCUCUUAUAAAUAUCUGUUUGUCUAGCUUAUUUCUAACUAGACUGCUUCAUGUUCACGAUUAAGAAAGUAGAAUACGUAAAUCAACGUUCCCACAAUGCCUCAGUGUACAUCACUACAACCUUGCUUCCUCCUUCACUUGCUCUCUCGUUUGCUCGCUCCAGCUCUAUGCCUCUCUUUGUCAUUCCCUGUUUCCUAACAAAAGUCCUGUUUAUCUGAUCGACAAGAUUCCUGUUCUUUUGAUGGUGGAAGUGGGCACCACAUUAAAUACAAAGCCCUUAGACCGUAAUGCCAGAAAAUUCACUUCCAUGUAUAAUGCCAUGAUCGUCCCUUGCGGCGUGCGGAUGUCCAUGUCGGGUGGAUCGUUGCUCUGGCUCAUUCAUUGAGGCGCUGUGUACUGCACCUUAUUCUUAACUGUUGUAUAGUAUUGGGACCUGUACUUUAUCAGUAGUACCACCAUAACCAUGGAUACAUAUUUGCGUGCAUAAAUGCCGUUUCUACCAAGUGUCAACAAGAAGCUGCAUAUCUAGACAGCAGUUUCAAAGGGAAAAGGUCAAGAGUAGGGUAUUUCAGAAAGACUGCGUAUCGAAGUCUGGCUCAAACCUGGGGCUGGGUGUUCAGCACACCGCUGACGGUCAAACCAGAUGGCUAGCGAGUGGCAUUCAGCUAAAGAGCUUAUGAAACAUUGGCAGUCCUAACUAUCUUCCUGUCGCUAGCCAUCCAUCUAGAGGUGAACUGUGCACCAAGCACCAGCAAUGUUCGCAAUAUUGAGAGUCACUGAAGCAAAGCAGUCAUAAUAACUUGAAAACAAGCAAGAAUUCCAAGUAGAAUACUUGAAGCACAGUUGUGGCUGACUCAACAACAGAAUUUUGCAGCUAAACGAGAGGUUAGCGGACUUCACCCCUUGCUGCCAGAUUCUCGUACUAUAGUUGACUUUUGUCACCGCCCUACACGGUCCUCCCUACCAUCAUUUAAACAGAUAAAAAGUUUCAAACUGCUUUUUCGUGUCAGGGUUUGUUUACAAUCAGUCACUGCUUGUUUACAAAUCUUACUUUCUCUCCAAUACAUUAAUUCUUGAGCUUAGCAUUGACUUCCAUCUUGGACACAUUAGUUCACUGACAGUGUCCUAAUCCUGUUACUGAAGGACAACUUCGGGACAUUUUUAACUUGUCUUUCUUCAUAAUUUAAAGUCCAAGUAUGGCACAAUAGAUCAGCUCAUAUUGGCCAGUCAGCAGACAACAACAAGAUAAAUAAAUUGUUUAUUUUGGGGACCUUUCCCGAACAAGAGAAACCAUGAAGUAUAUCUUUCUGGUCAUUGUUUUUAGGGAGACUUCUUGUUGAAUAUGAGCAAAGGUCAACGGUACGAACUGUUGUCGCGACUGUUUGUGCCAGAUAAGAGUUAGACAUAUUACCAUAAUAUGUUAUUGGUUAUAUAUGUAACUAGUGCUAUAUAGAUUCCACGUUCCCCUUAUAAUACUUUCACAAAUGCCAUGUUGAAAUCGAAGCCCCUUCGUUUUGCUUGGUUGGACUGCAAUGCCUCUUAUCGACACUUUUAUAUUGGAUAUUCUUGUUUGGUGUCAUUCUAAAGGAAGCAGGGAUUGACGACAAAUUUGCUGAUAACUCUAUUUCGAGAACUUUAGGAAGCACUUUAUUAUGGUCGCUGUGCGCAAAAUAAAUUAUGGACUAAGAAAGCUAUGAAAACAGAGACAAGAAAGCUAUGACAGUAGGUGGUAGGCUUUUACUACCUGAAGUUAAUUAUGAAAGUCUGUAAGAAGGCUGUUGGAAGGCCAUAAGGAAUUAAUUGUAAACUUGUGAAAAAGACUAUGAGAAAUCAUUAUUAAGUUACAAAUUUAUUCCUUCAAACAUGAAUAAAAGCGAUUGUAUCGUAAACUAUGGGAAAGUUUUGGCACCGUGCUGGGCGGGCCCGCAAGAAUUCAGAAAAAUGAAAGCAUUUUUGAAUCAGUGUUCAUCAUAGCUCCACUGGUAACCGUCUAGAAGAUAUAAUUUUAUUUGAAAAUCUUGUUUCAUUUUUCAUCGUGAAGCAGAUCACCCAAAAAGACUUGGGACGAGAGCCGAGCAUGGUAUUCUCAGGUGAACAUCAUCAUUGUGUGUCAUGGAGGCUGGACAGCAUGGUGAUGAUGGUCCUGUCCCUGAGAGAAACCUUCAUAAAAAGAUUUCAUACUCUAGAGUAUUUUAAUAUGCAGGACUUCCACCUUGCUACAAGUAUUUCAAUGUUUAUAAACUCUUUUUUAUUUCUUGUAGCUGCAGAAUAUUGCAUUGUUUUAAUAUUGGCAACUGGCGAGACCAUCAUGGUGUGUGACAAUGGCAAUGAGCUGUAGUGGAUGCUUGCUGACAUAUUGUUUCACAGCAUGUUGCAACAACAUUACUCUGUCAGACAACUUGCAAGCUAAAGCAAUAUUUCAUACAGGUUACAACUAUGCUGCUUCAUGUAGGAUGCUGCCUGAGACUGUUUUCAGACAUUAUAUUUUCGUUUCUUCUGAUGUUGAUAAAUUUGAUUUUGCUGUAUUUUUACAUAUGCACAUUGGAGCGCUCGUCGUUUGCAUUUUAUUUGUAGAUUCCCUUCAUUCUAUGCCUAUAUUGGAGAAUUGUAAUCCUAAACAAUGCACAGCAUGUUUGGAUAAGACAUUUAAAAAAACAAAGAAAUAUUGAAUAUUAGAGAGGUCAUGAGAAAUCUUCCCCUCCAGUGUCCUAGACAGAUAAAGUUCUCAUUUCCCUCCUUGUCUCCCACUACUUUCUACUGUCAUGUCUCAUGAUGUCUGUAUCAGCGUUCAUUCGUCUCGUCUCAAAAGAAAGAAAGAAAAAAAAAACACUUGCCUUAUAAGGAGCCUGAACUGUUUGGCAGCAAAUGAAACAAAUGCACUUUUUCACUGGCGAAAGAUUUGUUUUGAAUGCACUUUCGCCUUUAACCCAUUUAGUAACCGCAGCGAAGAGAUGCAGUCCUAUUAAUACCUAUUUGACCUAUUUUUUGGCAGCUUGAAAAGUUUGCAUGUCGAUCGAGGUGCCUGAGUCACGGUUCCUGACUGUUUGGAAUCCAGUUCAGAUCUUUACUCUGUGCAAUUCAAACGCGUCCAGAUUUUGAUCUUACGACCUAGGUGUCUCUUGUCCUUUGACCUUUCAGAUGUCACCCGUACCUACAGGGACAUACAUGGAGUUUGCCACUAGUCCAGAACUUUCUGUACAGUGUCUGAAUCUUGGUUCUUAUUGCUCCUACUAGCUGACGAUUGUCUAAGACAACUUUUUAAUUUCUUGUCAUCAAAAGUUUUGAAGAACAUGAAUUCUUAUUGUCAGGAAAAGAACGAUCGUCGUGAGCAGUUGGGAAAUGCUCAGCACAGCAUUAAAGAUGUCUUCGGGCAAAGAGCUGAGUGUUGAAACAGAUCUCAGUAUUAUUUUUCCUGUACUUUUCUUAUACUAUUCUGGACUUGGUAGAAGUUAAAAUUUGCUAAUGAUGUAUUCUAGUCUGAUAUACAAACGGAAAGAAAGAAAACAGGAGCAGAACAAGCUGUAUGUGGUCCUGCUAUUCAUCUGUCAGCACCAAGCUCAGUGCUUAUGUCCUUGCUAGGAGUGGGUCCCGCGGAGACCACCUGACAUCUCUUUAUACAGACACUAAAAGAGAAAUGAAAAAACUACACCAACAGGCGUUUUGUCAUCUGCAGCUAACUAUCCAUUGACAAAGAGGACGAGCUGUUAUCGUACUCCUCGUCUUCUGUGUCCUGUAUUUUGCUAUCACGCGUUUUAUGGAGUUUGAUCACGCAAGCCAACUUGCGAGCCACGUGUACUGCACGCGCUGACCAUUCAAUCUACGCUUUUACUUUGUUCGCGAAAAAAAAAACAAAUGUACAAUUUGAGAGAGAAAAUGCAAUCAUGUCCCAGGUGUUGGAACUAACAUCCCCUUGGUCAUUCACCAAACAGCAUUCCAGCAUUUUUUUUCUUUUUCUUGUCAUCGCUCUUGCUCUUCUUGUUCCUCAUCUUUCUCGUCUUACAUAAUGAGAUGUAAUUUCAGGCAACAUAUUAAUUCAUCAAGUGGAGGCAAUGUAUUAUUUCAUCACAUGGAAGAAACGUACUACUCAUCACAGGGAGGCAACAUUACUUCAUUACUGCUAGUCUCAACAUUCCAGCCAACAGCUAUUUGGAAGAUGUCUAUGAGGAGAAUACACAGCUUGUACAUACCCUGCAUAUGUUUGUCAUCGGAAAUCCAAGACUCAAGUCACUUUGUCGAUAAUCAUCAUUAUUUAUCAUCAUUAUUUAUUAUCAUUGACGUCAUUAUACUAUCAUUAUGCUUCCAUCACUCUGUCGAAUGAACAUGUUUCUUCCUUGUACGUGAAUAUUAGUAAUCGACCAGUUGAUUGACAUGUCUUGACCUUUUCUAUAUUGCGUACAGUUUGUUGGCGAGUUCCAGAUUGUUUCGUGUUUGUAGCCGGUUUCUUUUUUUUCCAUUAGCUCUUUGCGCAUUGCGCAUGUGUUUGAUUCUAAAUGUUUUUUGUGAUAUAAAUGUAUACUUCUGUGCAAAAUAGUCAACGUUUCACCUGCUUUCGCACUAUUUUAACGGUACUUUUUCGAUGACUCGAGCGCUUUGUUUGUAUAUUUCUAGACAUAGACAUUCCUAUGCGGACCAAAUCUGUAGAAACGAUUAAGUUUUAUAUUUGUCUUUAUGCUGUUUGUUAUUCCGAAAAGUUUUUGCUGUUUGAUUAAGCUUUUGUAAGACUCAGUUCCUUUUAGUGAUCACCUGCUUUAGGAAUUCGCAAACCUUAUUAUUAUAUGAAUUUUUGUUUUAAUUUCCCGCUGUUGACUUUAGGGUUGAAAUGGCAAAGGACUGAAAAGAAAUUUACUUUGAGACAUUUUAUAAUUGAAAGCCAUAAGAUAUGAUAGCAUGACUUAAUAAAGAAUUUAUCCACUUGUGAAUCAUACAAUCAUAUUGAUAUGAAAUAUUACGACGAAUAGUAAAGUUUCAAAUUAUGUAUUAAUAAUAAUACCAUUUAAAACAGUAUGUUUAGCUAAAGUAUACUUUUAUUUAUUUGUUUGUUUAGUUGUUCUCCUAGAGAGAUGCUAGGAAUUCAGUAAUUAAAAGUUGUGGUUUUCUCAUUUAUGCAUGUCCCUUUGAGAUAUGCCUGUGUGCGCAGUGUUUACUAAAUAACGGACAUUUUCAGGUCUAAGAAUUCUUUUCACGUUUCUGAAGGUAAUUGUUAAAAGUAUUAUUACCUGUCAUCGUUUACCACCCAUCUUUCCACGCGCCCAAAAAACAAAAUGUUUACACCAUUCACUACUGAUUAGCUAACCCUGCAAUGGUAUUUCAACAUUUUAUUUCUGUGUGUCAUCUCUGAUGGCAGUCAAGGACCGCUUUCCGCUACAUUUAAACGCUGGUCAAGGGAAACAACGUCGGCCGUUGUUCUCCAUGUAUAUGAUGCUGACAUCUUUGCAUGUUAAAUCCCAUCCCCGUUUUAGUCUACUAACGACAUCGAUAACAUGCUGUUGAUGAUCGUUACAAAUGUUUGAGCAGCUGACUUCUGCCAAGCCAGAGACCAAAGGUCAUCGCAGCCGGCGUGACAUCACGUGAUCAAAGCUGUUCAGAAGGCAGGUGCUGGCCUAUAGGAGUGGCUGAAGACAUCACCAACCGUCGCCGGUGGCUGCACUGUGCUGUCAGAUGUAGAUGCCCAGUAUGUGUCCAACCAUCUGUCCUCCCUUGCCAUCCCGCUUACUUUGCUGAAGCCACCCCCGGCUCCUAGAGCCUGCCUCUUGUCCUCUCAUGCAGCCUCGUAGCCAUCCCGGCUCCUCAACCUGUUUCCUCCUUCUGCAGCCACUCCUGGCUCAAGGAGCCUGAAUCUUUUUUUCUUUGCCAUUGGUCUCUGUGUCCAUGAAUUAUCUUCCCUUGACUCAUGCCCCCCUCCCCCGUUCCUCAUGCUAAAUAUAACUUCUGAAAGGAAACAUAUCAGAUUUGAAAACAAAAUGACAUGACAUUGGUGUUUUCCCAUUUUAUGUCCGCGGUUCUUGCUUUACGAUAGGCGGACAACUCUUAAGGCAUUUAGUCCAUUGUUCAGCAGAGAGUGACCGCCCCUAUUAGAGCAUCGGUGACAUUUUGUCGUCUAUAUUGUUGAGGACGUUGAUUAUGGAGAUCGGUUUGUUGACGGCAGUCGGCUUAUGAGAAAAACUUUACGUUGUCUUUUUUCUGUUUUUCUGUAUUUGUAUUCUGUAUGUUUUCUUUUCCAUUGACCAUGUUUUUUUAGCCAAUUCCAAUGGCCCCUGUAUGGCAAGGGCCGACAACACAAUGUACGUACAGAGUGCAAUACUUUUGUCUGGCAUCUCUUUAUUUGACGCAAAUGUUUUUACAUUAAAAUAAAGGUCAUGAAAUCUGUAAAA